CAGCAACAGGGUCUCCCUCUCCAGCGUUAGCUUCUUAAUCACUGCGUUAACUUCAUGAGGUUCGAUUUGCUCCAUGCUCUUGUCUCCUUCAUCCAACGAUAAUUCGUUAAUAAGAAUAUCCUUAUCCUUACUCGUCAUAUUUGGAGUUGAAGAGCAAGCACUUGAAAUUGAAUAAUUUUUGGAAGUUGGAACCGGGUGACUAUGAUUAGCACUUGAUAAAUCAACUAUGACAUCAACCGACUCAUUAGUCACCAAUUGCGCCUUACAAGACUUGUUAAGACAGCGACAGGUAAUAUCCCCUGUUACUCUUGUAAUACCCUUCCUAUAAUUAUAUUUCUCGUGUGUCAACUUAGGAUUUCCUCGAUUUGUUGUACCAAUUACCAAAGAAACCAUUCUGAAUUCGCAAGAUUGAAUGUACAUUAAAGUUGCAUCAAUUAUUAAUACUGGUUCAAAUAAUAUUCAUUAUAUCAGGAACGGAUGCAGAAGGAAAAAAGGAAUGCCCAGAGAGCUAUCAAGGCGCUUGGGUGAGAGAAGGGUAAGCUCCUGAAAACAGAGGUUAAUAUUAUAAUAAUGGUUUUGAGAGAGAUAGGAUUCAGUUCGAAUAUUAUUAAAUAUGAAGCGAGAAAAAGAAAACAAAUCAAAAUUACCGCCGUUACACUCCACGUGACAAUGUUAUUGAUAAUGCCGGUCCUUCUUUGACACUAUCACAACAGCUGACCCAGGCUGUACCGUAGUAUCUCAAAAUGAAACGACAAUCUUAUCAGAGAAUUAUUAGACUAGAAAGCACAACAUUGGCUAGCCUGCAUAGCCGGGAAAAUGGAACUGUUUUAAACAACUGUAAGAUUGUGAGAUUAUCUCAACUACUGAGAUAAUACUACCGUAAUCUUGAAUUCUUCAGUAGCUUGUGGCAAGUGGACGGUGUAAGUGUUUGUUGUUUCGUUAUCAGCCGGCCGGUCUGUAAUUGUUCGUCUGCACACGGCCUACGUCUCAAAAUAAACUAACCUGCAAGCUGACCAAGGCACUUAGGCUCAAAGAAGUAAACGAAUUUACACUAUUAGGUGUCACAGAAAUUCACGACUAAGCAACCUGGCAGUGUACCCUACAAGAAACAUUAUCAUACAAGUGAUUAAUCCAUCAGUUGCAGUUCGACAUUCGGAGUGACAAGAUGCAUAAAUUUGUCAGUUCAUUGUUUGGCUUUUCUGCUGUGGUCAUCUUCAUUUUACAGCUACAUGUCGAUGAAGUAUGUGCAAGAAAUAUGACUAUUGACCAACCUAGAUUUAGAGUUCCAGGAUUCAAGGUUGAGUUGACUCUACUUCCACCUAGAGUUCCGCCAAAAACUAGAGAAGUUCAAGGAACAUUGAGAUGUGCUCCAACGGUGGGAGGCUCCGGUAACAAUGCAGUACUCCCUCAUUUCAGAAUCAUAACAAUGAUUGGUCAAGAUAUAACCAAUAGAUGGCAUCCUCAAUUGAAGUUGUUCAAAUGCACUGAUAAGAAUGGUGUCCGUUUCUACAGAAUGAAAGCAAUUUAUGACUCUAAGAUACGAGUGAUCGAAAUUUCCUACCCAGAUGAUAAAACACCGAAAGUGUUUGUGGAGGAAAGUGAAAUAAAAGGUGGCGCUAUAGUGGAGGUCGUCAAUCCGACUGCAUUCAACAAAGUAGAAAACUUCGUCAAACGCAGAAUGAGAAAAAGAAAUUGAUCCGGGGCCCAUUCGUGAAUUCACAAUUCCAUUCAUGAGUUUUGAACUUUCAAGUUAUUAAUAUGCAAUAGAAUACAGUAUAUUUUAAACACUAAUUAUUAUUAGUUUCACAAAAAUUCAGGGUAAAAUUGAAAUAUAAUACAAUUUACGAAUGAUAGAUGAUUGGAAAUUAAAUUUGUGAGAUUUAAUUGCUAUUAAAAUAUUGUUGGAUGGAAAAGAAA